AAUGAAAUGAACAAAGAGAACUCAGAAAAGUUUUGUGGUCAGGAUAAGAAGUGAAAGUGAUUGAUAGAAUCUAUAUCAUACAAUUGCUGUCUGGAUCACUAGAUUUUGUCAAUUACUUAAAUUCGUCAGCUCUUACGAAAUGUUUGUCUUCAUAUAUUGGCCACUGAUCAAUCUGCUAAUGACUAACUUUAGGGCACUGUCAAUGAUAUAUAAAAGGGACAUCUGUUUUAUAAACUACACCUACCCUGAGUUCUAAGUUCUAUAAUUCUCUAUCGUUUCAACUUUUCGCCUAUGGAGAAUCUGAACUCUAAAUACUACCACUACUUAGCUAUCUUGCUAUUUUUCUUUGUCAUUUUAUUCAAAUACUUGCUUCAUCCCAGAAAACGUUUGCCACCUAGUCCUCUGUCUCUUCCAAUAAUUGGCCACCUUUACCUUAUCAAGAAUUCCCUACACGAGACAUUAACUUCCCUAUCUACAAAGUAUGGCCCUGUUUUGUAUCUCCGAUUCGGCUGUAGAAAUUUGCUUGUUGUGUCUUCUCCAUCUGCGGUAGAAGAAUGCUUCACCAAAAACGAUAUCAUAUUUGCAAAUCGACCUCAGAGCAUGGCUGGAGAUCAGUUUUCCUUCAACUAUAAGGCUGUUGUCUGGGCUCCUUAUGGUUAUCUUUGGAGGGCUCUCCGCCGUCUAACUGUUAUUGAGAUCUUCUCUUCCAAUAGCCUGCAGAAGUCUUCUGCACUGCGGAAUGAAGAAAUUGGAAUUCUUAUUCGCUCUUUGUUUAAAGCCAGCACUAAUAAUGGCAGUAGUGGUGCAAGAGUUAACUUGAGUCAUUGGGUUUUUACUUUUGCGUUCAAUGUUAUGAUGAGAACUGGUACCGGAAAACGUAGCGUAAGAGAAGAAGACAUGGGAACAGAGAAGGGCAAACAAAGCAUUGAGGAGAAAAGGGGAUUUUUCUUCGCGACCUUGUUAGUUUUGAACGUGUGUGAUUUCAUGCCAGUAUUGAAAUGGUUUGGGUACAAAGGGCUAGAGAAAAGGAUGAUCUUAGCGCACCAAAAGAGAAAUGAAUUCUUGAACAGCUUACUGGACGAAUUUCGACAUAAAAAAAUAGCUGGUAUUUCAGAAUCCAGUACAGAUAGUAUCAGUGCGAAGAAGACCACGUUGGUUGAGACUCUCUUGUCACUACAAGAAUCUGAACCUGAAGUUUACACAGAUGAUCUAAUUAAAAGUGUUCUACUGGUUUUAUUUAUUGCUGGAACAGAGACAACAUCAAUGACCAUUCAAUGGGCGAUGCGACUUCUUUUAGCUCAUCCUAAGGCAUUUACAAAACUGAGAGCUGAGAUUGAUAGCAAAGUAGGGAAUGAUCGCUUGCUAAAUGAAUCAGACAUUCCCAAGCUUCCUUAUUUACAUUGUGUUAUAAACGAGACGCUAAGAUUGUACCCUCCAGUACCACUUUUGUUGCCUCACUACUCAUUAGAAGAUUGUACUGUUGGGGGAUAUGAAGUACCAAAACAUACGAUCCUAAUCGUUAACGCUUGGGCUAUCCAUAGGGAUCCUAAGUUAUGGGACGAACCUGAAAAGUUCAAACCAGAGCGAUUUGAGGCAAUGGAAGGAGAAAAAGAAGGAUUCAACUAUAAAUUAGUAGCAUUUGGAAUGGGGAGAAGAGCAUGCCCUGGAGCUGCUAUGGGCUUGCGCACUGUUUCACUGGUAUUGGGUUCCCUGAUUCAGUGGUUCGAUUGGAAAAGUGUGGAAGAAGAAAAGUUGGACGCGUGCUAUAAUUCUAGAAUCACUUUGAACAAAGAUAAACCUUUGGAGGCUGUUUGUAUUCCACGACAAAAUUGUCGUGGCUUCCUUGCCCAGCUAUGAGACUAUUCGUACAAUUUGUUCCUUUGUACGUAUGUAUAGUGCUUUCUUGAGUCGAAGGUCUAUCAGAAAUAGUCUCUCUAUCUUCCCACAGUAGAGGUGAUAAGGACCCUACUUGUAAGAUCUCACUGGGUUUGUUGUUGUUGUAUGUAUGUAUAGUGUAAAAAUUUACCUUUGUGCUCUAAGGUAAUGUGACUAAGUAAAGUUGACUAUGUAGAACAAGAGACAUUAAAUAAAGCUUAAGCUAUCAUUUGGUGAAUGUGAA